CAGAUUUGUAGAAACUUCAUUAAGAAACUAUCAGUGUGAUGUGCCAGAACUGAAUGAUGAUGAAUAACAAUAGUUCUGAGAUACUGCAUUCCGCCUACCUUGCUGUAGAAUACAUUGACUCCUUGCUGCCUGAGAAUCCACUACAGGAACCAUUUAAAAAUGCUUGGACCUAUAUGCUGGACAAUUACACUAAAUACCAGAUUGCAGUUUGGGGUUCACUUCUCGCUCACGAAUUUUUCUUUUUUUUAAUAUGCUUACCUGGAUUUGUAUUUCAGUUUAUACCUUAUAUGCAAAAAUAUAAAAUACAACAGGAAAGACCAGAAACAUGGGAAGGACAAUGGAAAUGUUUCAAAACACUUAUGUUCAAUCACUUUUGUAUUCAGCUGCCUCUCAUAAUGGGUACCCAUUAUUUCACUGAAUAUUUUAAUAUUCCUUUUGACUGGGAAACGAUGCCAAGAUGGUUUGUGAUACUUGCUCAGUGUUUUGGGUGUGCUGUGAUUGAAGAUACCUGGCAUUAUUUCCUGCAUCGACUACUUCAUCAUAAGAGAAUAUAUAAAUACAUCCACAAAAUGCAUCAUGAAUUUCUAGCACCAUUUGGGAUGCAAGCUGAAUAUGCACAUCCUUUAGAAACUAUAAUCCUUGGAACUGGAUUCUUCAUUGGAAUAAUUGUCUUCUGUAAUCACGUAAUUUUGCUAUAUGCAUGGUUAGUUUGUCGUUUGAUAGAGACCAUUGAUGUUCACAGUGGCUACGAUAUUCCUCUGAAUCCUUUACAUUUUCUGCCCUUUUAUGCUGGGUCUCGCUAUCAUGACUUUCAUCAUAUGAACUUCUCUGGCAAUUACGCUUCAACUUUCACGUGGUGGGAUAAACUUUUUGCUACUGAUUCACAGUACAAUUCUUACAAAGAGAAGAUGAAGCAACAGAAAGACACAGUGGAAAAGAAGAUGGAAUAAAUUUCCCAUUUGCAACACUUUUUGGAGCAUCAAAGAGGACCUCUUAUUUUUGCUUAAAACUAGAAAACUUAACAAGUAUUGCAAUUCAGAGCAAAAUGCAGCUUUUAACAAACAAACCAAGUUUAGGUUUGCAGCAGGAAAAACAUUCUCUGAUGCAUUUUCCAAAUGAUUGUACUUUUUCUAUUCCAUAGAUAAGUCAAACAAAUACAGUAUAUAUAUUUAAGAAAAUGUUAACUAUGAUCAAAUGAUUGGAUUUAUGUAAAAAAAGGAUACAUUAAAAUUAAAACACGGGAGGUUUUUUUGCAUAAAUGUGAAUCCUAAAGUUUAGAAAGAACUCUACAUUGAGUUCACCAAUUAAAACUUUUGUGGGAAUUCUCUUUCCCAAAUGGGUACAAAAAAUGUAGAUUUAAGAAAACAAGGAAUCUUUUUACUCGGUUUUUAAUGGAUGUUAUUGUAAUCUGCAUUACACAUAACUAAAUUGCUGAUUUGAUUAUUAAUAUAAUUCGUCUUAAAAUAGCUGUGAUUUAUUUUUAUUUUUUUGUCAUGUUUUCUGUACAGCAAAUAAAAUAUUGGGGUUCAAGCUAUUAUUCCCUGGUUUCUUUUAUGAAAAUUCCUUUCCUUAUAAAAGGAAUUUUCUGGUUCCUUUUGGCUUGUUCCUAUCAAACAAAACCAAAACGAAUGAUUUCAUACUAAUUUUUAUGGGUGUUUAUUCUUAAACUUGGAUCAUCUAUAGUUGAAAAUGUAGAAGCCUUCUUAAAAGCUGCAUGGAUUGCAAAAGUGCUAUGUUUGUAACAACCAUUUUACUUCCUGUUAAUACACAAUGGUAGGUAUUGAUAAUUAGAACAGAAUGUAUAUGGCGACUGAAAUUUGAUAGUUGAAGACCUUAGAUAACUAACCAUCUAUUAUAUACAGUCAAAACUAUCCCUAGAUAUGUACAUGAGGGAACCAUGGGAACUUUCCUUAGAUUACAUUGAAUACUUCUUGGCCUUCCUGACUUACUAUGGAAAACACUAAAUUAUAUAACCGGCUUAAUGGGGAUUCUGUAAAGCCAUAGACUUCCUUUUCUUAAAGACAUCUACAUCUGCUGCAGAGAUUGGGUGGGGUGUAACUGUAUGGUUGGAGGGCACUGAACAGUGUUGUUGGGCCAGCAUUUUCCACUUCUGAUGGCCCCUC